UCUCUCUCUCUCGAUGUCAAAAUUCAAACCAGCAAAGGUCAACUCACCUCGGGGGCUGACCUCCCAUACCUAUAAAUACACGCCGUCCGUGCAGAUCGAAGGUCAGCCCGUGCCGGUGCCACCUCGAGAACGCAAGUCGCGAGCUUUGAAGCCAUCUCAGGAGGGAGGGCGAGGCUAGGUCCAGGAGGCUCGGCAGAAGAGCGCCGGGGACAGCGGGCGCCAUGAGGCGGGCGGAGCGGGGCGACGAGCAGGAGGCGGAGCGGCGGCGCGGGUACAAGGGCGUGCGGCGGCGGCGGUGGGGCAAGUGGGUGUCGGAGAUCCGGGUGCCCGGCACGCGGGGGCGCCUGUGGCUCGGCUCCUACGCCACGCCCGAGGCCGCCGCCGUCGCGCACGACACCGCCGUCUACUUCCUCCGCGGCGGGGCCGGCGCGGGCGUCGCCGGCGGCGGCGACGUCGCGGCGCUCAACUUCCCCGAGCGCGCCGCGGCCGCGUACGGCGCGGGCGCGGGCGUCGGCAGCGCCGGGGCCGGCGCGGGCCGACUGUCGCCGCAGUCCGUGCAGCGCAUGGCGUCGGACGCCGGCAUGGCCGCCGACGCGCAGCUCGUGGCGGCGCGGGACGGCGCUCGCGCGCCCGCGCACGGGCACGUGGAUUGCACCGGCAUUGGCAACGCGCAAGGCGGCGGCCCGAGCGCACGGCCACGCGAUCAGGACGCUGACGCGUACACGAGCCGCGCGCGUGCUACCAGUAACAGUGCGGGCGCGAGCAGGGAGCAGCAGCAUCCUGUCUCCGGGGAGAUUAGCGUGGAUGACAUAGAGGUUCUGGUGUAAUAACUAGUCAACAGAUACAACUGAAAUUAACUAAUGCAGUGAAUAUUUUUUUUGGCACGUACAGUGCCAUUGC